UACUACUCACGACAGUGUUCGCAGUUACAUUGUUCCUCCAUCAUCAGUUUCAGCUCCAACUCGGUCGUCUGAUGAGAGACUACACCAUCUUCUGCUGCCAUAUCGAAGCGGAUGCUCGUCUAGAUGGAUCCGCCGCCAAACGGGGACGCGAAUAGUCGUGGGGUACGCCCGUUGACUGCCCCAAUCCGCGGGCGCCCGCAGCUAUCAUGUACACCGUGCAAGCGCAGAAAGCUAAAAUGUGAUCGCGCCAGACCCUGCGAUAAUUGUGUCAAGCGCAGUGAGGCAGAAACAUGUGUGUAUCCUGCCAAUGGAUCUACCGGCCGCGACCAGACACGCGAGUCCAGGAAGACCAAGAAGCGCAUCGAGCGCCUGGAAAGUUUGGUGAUGGAGCUACUAGAUAAAGGCGCUCAGAAUCAUGAGUCGUUCUCUGACGGACCGGCUACCAGCGAGAGUGACGGCCAUUCCCAAUCACAGCCACUCCGUAAUGGCAACGAAGUAGACAUCUCGCCCGCUCACAACAAUGCGCCUCCAGUGCGCCAUAUAUCAGGUCUCCCUGCUAGCACUUCAUCUUCUUCUUUAUGGGAAACUGUACUACAGGACAUUGGAGAAAUCAAAUUAUACUUCGAAGAACAUGAGAAAGACUUCAAGCUACAAGCCGGAAAAGUGGAGGGCGCAAGAAACCCACCAGAAGAACAAUACAUACUCGAAGGCAGUCCCGGCCAGUGGGGCAUCGAUACUUUCACUCCGUACCUACCGCCACGGCCCGUCGUUGAUUUGUUGGUUGCCCACUAUUUUGGGGCAGAUAGUAUUGUCAGACCUAUUAUCCACCCUCAAAAGUUUCUUCGUGAAUACGAGAAUUUUUGGAAGGAUCAAUAUAGUGUUUCGAGAGCAUGGCUUGGUCUCCUGUUUGCGCUUAUGCGGCAAGGGAUCAAGAUUGCCAUAACAAGUGGGUUGGACCUAGUACCAAGUCUCGGUGAUGUGGAUGAAGCCGCGACUCUGUUUCGGAUGCGUACGCAGCAGAUAUUAAUGGCAGUCAUGUAUACGCCACCAUCAAUAGCAAAGCUCGAAUUGGUUGCUGUCCACCUCGAUGCCGAAUUCGUGAAUAGCCAGGACAGCAGUACAGAUGUUUGGAUUAACACAGCCACGGCGGUUCGUAUGGCAAUGAAACUCGGACUACACCGUGACCCGAGUCUAUUUGGUAAUAUCUCGCCAUUUGAGUGCGAAAUGCGUCGGCGGCUAUGGCUGUCGCUUGUACAAACAGAUAUCUUGGUUUCAUGGCAAGUCGGUCUGCCCAGCAUGAUACCCAAAGGGCAGUGCGACACGAUGCUGCCGAGGAACCUCCGCGAAGAGGAUUUUGACGAAGGCUGCGAAACGCUUCCCCUGAGUCGACCGUGGAACGAGAUCACAAAAAUAUCUCCUUUCAUCGUGAAGUGGCCACUGUUCGAGGCCUUUUCCAAGAUAACAUCUCAUAUACAGGACAUUCAUCCCAACGAUGCAGAUGUUCCUAUUUUAGAACGUGAAUUGUACACAGCGCGGGAUUCACUGCCACCGGUAUAUAAAGUCCGUUCAUUACAGGAAUCCAUUCUAGACCCCCCAGCUAUGAUUCUGCGACGUUUUGCUAUCGAUCAGACAGUUCACAGCGGUAUUUGCGUUCUCCACCGGCGUCUCCUCCCCUUAGCUCGAACACAUCCCCAAUAUAGCCAAUCUCGCAAAGCUGCUAUUGAUGCGGCAUUGACCUUACUUAGCUAUCAAGCUUUGAACCACCACGAGACUGGGCCAAGUGGUCGAAUGGCUGGUCAUAAAUGGAUGACAACCUCUGUCAUUCGGCACGACUAUCUUCUUGCGGCCAUGCUUCUUUGUUUGGAUCUGCGACAAGCCAUGGCUGUGACUACACAUCCUGCAUCAACCGAUAUCAGCCUUUGGGGACGAGACAGGCGUGAAGAAAUGGUGCUUGCUUUAGAAACCUCAUAUCACGUGUGGCGCGCUUCGAAGGAAACUUCGAUUGAAGCUUUUCGUGCUAGUGAAGCUGUGGCGGUUCUUCUAAAGAAGGUGCGCAGCGCAGAAGAUCAAAAACAGAAGCCAGAGUCUAGCGUCGGAUCUAUGCCCUCUGUUGAAACCCUCGAAAUUUCACCCCCCGAGUUCGCAGUUCCUAAUCCAGAUCCUUAUAGUCUCAGUUUACCCUUUUCAGAAAUGGUUGCUUCUCCUGGAGCCAUCGACUGGGCCGAAUUCGAUCGUUAUGUCAUGGGUGGCAAUACAGUCAAUGUGCCAGUCAGUAUGGAACAUAUUCAGCAACAAAUAUAAUAAUAAUCCAAUUGUAAUAAGGACAUGAUCAUGGAAAUAAUUAACGAUGGUGGCACGAAAGCAUGUAUCUUUUUGUCAGUCUAGUAGGAAUAUUGUUCAAUAUCUUCUUGCAAGAGGGGUUCCAAGCUAUACAUACAUAUCUGGUAUUACCCUUGGUAAUUAAAAACUUAUACUAAAACAUGAAAGAAGGAGCAAGAGCCGAGGGGUAGAGAUGAAAA